AUGUCAAUGCAGCUAUACGAAAUGGGCUUCACUAAUAUUACAAAUGUGGAUUUUUCUCAGGUGUUGGUCGAUGCUGGUCGUAUUGCUCAUCCAGAAAUGGAAUGGAUAUGUGAUGACAUUCAAUCGUUAGAAAAAAUUCCGUCAGCCUCCUUUCGAUGUCGUAUUGGAAAAAGCUACUUUGGAAGCAUUGCUUGUUAA